CUGUCCCCAUAGGAGAACCCUUUCUGGUUCCAGGUAGAACUCUUUUGGGUUCCAUGUAGAACUCUCUGUGGAAAGCGUUCUACAUAGGGCUGGGCGAUAAAUCAAUAUCAAUAAUUAUCUAGGUAAUUACUUCCCUCAAUAACAAUAUAAAAACGUUGAGAUGAAUUUUCGAUAAUGUCGAUGUAGAAUAAUUAGGUACAGCAGUCCAUUUCACCUCUGUGAGGCAGCAAGAAAGUGCAGAGAAGUGACGAUAUGCACGUGGAGAGGUAUACGCCCACUAAAAACCACUUAGCAUCUUGAGUGAUGUAGUAGCCACUAUUAACCACAAAACAAUGAGGGAUGUAGGCGAAAACAGUGGCAGUGAUAGCCAUGGAGAAGGAGCAGCUUCCAACGAAGAAAUUAUUGAUAAAAAAGGGUUCAACUGUUUGUGGUUUGGCUGUUUGAAGUCCGAUAAAGAGCAGAGCAAUGUUCGGUGCAAAUUGUGCCGUAGACAGGUGGCUACCAAGUCUGGUAAUACGACAAACCUUUUUCACCAUCUGAAGCAAAAUCACUCUUUGGAACAUGCAGAAAAUUUGAGUUUGCGCCACGGUAUUGAUAAACGCCCCUCAAUCACCAGCCAAUCUAGGGAUGUUUGCCCGUAACAGUCAACACUGACGACGUUUAUACCCUACGAGCAAACAUCGAAAAGACAUCACAAAUGCUAUUAUGCAUUGCUUUGCUAAGAACAUGCUACUAAUUAGCACAAUCGAAAAGGAAUGUUUCAAGCGGCUUAUCAAUUUAAUUGACCCCAGGUACGUGCUCCCUGGCCGCAAACAUUUCUCUCACACCGCACUGCCUAAACUCUAUGUCGAGUGUAGGGAAAAAGUUGAGGAACAGAUCAAGACAGAUUUGCUACUACCGAUCUGUGGUCUAGUCGCAUAUCAGAGCCUCACUAUCCACUAUAUUGACAAAGAUUGGAAUCUUCGAAAUAAAUGCCUUCAAACAUCAUACUUUCCCGACCACCACACGGGUGAAGCUAUAGCAGAGUGGCUCAUUGACACUCGCCUCCUGGGGACUCAGUCAAGACAGACAGGUCUGCAUUACAACGGAUAGUGGUGCGAACGUGGUGAAGGCCGCUCAAAUCAACAAAUGGACCCGACUGCAAUGUUUUUGACAUCGUCUGCGCUUGGCCAUUGUGGGUAGAGACAAACGGGUGGCUCGAGCAAUUGGAGUGUGUAAGGAAGUGGUAGGUGCCUUUUCCUAUUGGUGGAAAAAGAAGAGAGACCUGGCAGUUGCUCAAAAAGAACACAACCUACCCCAGCACAAGUUGGUGACAGAGUCGCCUACCAGGCGGGGAUCACAUCAAAAGAUGGUGCAAAGAGUACUGGAGCAGGAGAAAGCCAUUUCACAGGUCUUGUCCAGUGACAAGAAGACUCAGCACUUAGCUCCCACCUACACAGAUAUAGAUGUUCUUGAGUCCAUCAACCAGGCAUUGACCCCACUCCUAGAAUUCACAGAUGCUCUGUCUGGAAUUGUGUCGCUAAUCUCGCUGGCCUUCCUCUCCUAUGACCGCUACAGCACCUUAACCGUGUACAACAAGCGGGCCCCCGACUACCGCAAGCCUCUGCUGGCCGUGGCGGGCUCCUGGCUCUACUCCCUGUUCUGGACAGUGCCCCCCCUGCUGGGCUGGAGUAGUUACGGCCUGGAGGGGGCCGGGACCAGUUGCUCGGUCACCUGGACAUCCCAGACUCCCCAAUCUCACUCCUACAUCAUCUGCCUGUUCAUCUUCUGUCUGGGGCUGCCUGUGCUGGUCAUGGUCUACUGCUAUGGGAGGCUGCUUUACGCUGUCAAACAGGUGGGGCGGAUCCGUAAGUCGGCGGCGCGGCGGAGAGAGUUCCACAUCCUGUUCAUGGUGAUCACUACGGUGGUGUGUUACCUGCUCUGCUGGAUGCCCUACGGCGUGAUUGCCAUGAUGGCCACCUUUGGACACCCGGGCCUCAUCACCCCCAUCUUGACCGUGGUGCCCUCCAUCAUGGCUAAGAGUAGCACCGUCAUCAACCCCCUCAUCUAUAUACUCAUGAACAAACAGUUCUACAGGUGUUUCCUGAUCCUGUUCCACUGCAAACGGCCCAGUUCUGAGAACGGCGUCUCCUCCAUGCCUUCCAAGACCACCGUCAUCCAGCUCAACCGCCGGGGCCACAGUAACAACGUAGCCAUCACGCCCCAGCUCUCCACCGGCGCCAACCACCAUAACCACCAUCCCCACACGGUGGAGUGCAGCACUAACAACCGUGAAGUCACCACCCCAGUCUCCGAACAGACCAGCCCAGACCCCAACCAAGAGAUCACCUCCUGUGGACAGCCGCGUACCCCCCUCACUACCCCCCGAAGCCCCUCUCGACCCACCCCCCCUUUCCCCCACGUGACAAACGCUAUCCAGUGAUCCACUGUGUCAUAUGAUAGCGUCACCACCGAGAACUCUACAGAGGAUACGGUGUUAUCCCUGGCAUUUGUCAUGCGGUGUCGCCCCCCCCAAAAAACUGUCUACACAGUGAUCUCUCAUGUGGCAUCACCCAACAACUCUCCAUAGUGAUUUGUCAUCAUGAGAACGCCUCAACAGACUACCCAUAAAAUGAUCCAUCAUGAGGCGCUGUGUCACCAGAGAACUCUUCUAUACAGUCAGUGACCUAAUCCACAACGUUACCCAGACAGAGAACUAUCAAUAUCUUCUAGUAACAAAAGUGAUCUAUUCCACGUCAUCACCCCAGAAACUAAACUGUGAUCUAUUAUCUUAUAGAACAGGGUGUCCCAACUGGCGGAUUCAUUUGGCCCCGCAAGUUCAUAGCAAAAAUACAUAAUGAAUUUUCGUUGUUGGACAUUAGACUAAAAUCAGCUCCAAUUGAUUUUAAGUUUUGAAAUGAUUAUGCUUUAGAUAAUGUUAUAUCUGUUUUGGCUUCUUGCUGUCAAUUGGCAGUAAUUAUGUUCUGGCCCCCCGCCCAUCCGCUUAAGAAAAAAUUACGUCGGCCCGCGGCUGAAUCGAGUUGAUGAUCCAUGUUAUAGAAGGUGUGUCAACCGCCCCGACCCAUCUAGAUGGUCAACUGUUACUUUGUUACUCAGUAAAGGUGUGGAUAUCUUCCUGUCAAGUCUUGCCGUGAGAACACAACCGUGCGGUAUUGUUUACUUAACAAUAAAAACUUGUAUUUUUCCUCAACUUCUGUUUUCAUAUUGAAACAUGUGUUACGUUGAUAGACCCCAGAGUUGUAUUAAGACUGCAGCGGCUUUACAGUGUUGUCAUUACUGUUACAGUACCAAAAAGGCUUUUUGUCAUAACCGUUACAGUAUGCGGUCAUAACUGUGGCCAUUUCCAAUUAAGUGCAAUAAUAAGACAGAUAAUCUUAAAUUUGUUCUAAAGCAUCUAUGAAGCCUAUGUGAAUGAUGUUGGUGAAGCUGAAUACUUUUUGUACCGCAUCUGUGAGAUCAAAAUCACCUUGGGCCUCGUUUAUUUGCUCCGUUUUUAUAUUACACUUCAUAUCAUCAGCUCUUGAAAUAAUAUGAAAGAUAAUCACAAUGUUUAUGCACAUAACUAAGGGUGUAAAUCACACAUAACCAUGUUCAUUUCCAGAUCGCAACAAGUUGCUAAAUCAAUAUUUUCACACCUACUUCAUGGUUAUUAAAUCACUAUAUAGCUGUGGAUUUCAACUAUUUAAGAUCAUAUCUGUGCGUAAGAACAUUUUAUAGAUGAUGCACCUGGGUGAACCAUGUAAAACUGGUUAGUAUUACACUCUAAACCGGUAUUAAUUGUAUGGCAAUGUGAAGGGAUUUUCCAUUUCACUGCAGGGUGGGUAGGGUAAUAAACCAGAAACAGUUGGAGAAUUGUAACAAAGUGUGUAUGUUUGCAACACUUGAAGCCAUCAUCCCAUUGGGCAAAAGACAUAGCAAUGUUCAAUUGUCAGUUUGAAAUGUUUAGUUAUGACAAUGUGGAAACAAUGCUGAUCCAACCAAUAGUUGCAUGUUGGGAUGACAGCCAGGCGUUGUAUGAAAGCCACAACCUGUUCAAGUUACCAUCUUUCUGUGCCUGUAGUGUUGAGUCAUGCAGUAACUGGCUUUGCAUGUUGACAUGUGCCUCAGUCUACAAGUCUAAAUAGGUACCUAGCAGCUCCCAGCAGGCAGUCAACAGCCGUGCACCCCACUGGGCUGCCACACAGUGGCUGUAGCCAUCAUACGGCACUUGCUUGUCUUUGACAAACUGAACAGCACCACCUCUCACUGCCUAAUAAACUGUAACCCAAAAAACAGUUAAAUAAAUG